AUUGUUGAUGCCCAGUAUUGCUCGCCCUCGGAGAUGAAACUCACAAUUGCCAAGAAGGUAUUGGAAUACAACAAUGGUAACUUUGUCAUCACUGAUUCUGAGGGUCACACCCUUUUCAAGCUGGAUCAGAAGAAGGUCUUCCUACGAGAGCUGACGGUUGUGCGCGAUGAUGGUGACUGCCCUGUGGUCAGCAUUCACAAAAAGGUCAAAAAUUUCCCUUCACGACACUUAUCAAGUGUACAAAGGAGAGAGUUGGACAGAACUGUUCACUGUUUGGGACAAAAACAUGAGGGAUGCGGCAGAAUUGACAUACGAAAUUCAACUCGAAGCUGAUUCAGAACCUGCCUUCCAAGUGAAGGGUGACUUUGUUCGUCGCAACUAUGAAAUCAUUUUCAAAGGAGCAUCAAUUGCCGCCGAGGUUGCCAAGAAGCAUUUCUCUCUGACCUCUAUGAUUACCGGGAAAAGCAACUAUGGAGUCCUUGUCAGUCCCAACGUUGAUCAGGCAUUUGUCGCUGCCGUGGUUACAAUCAUGGAAGCUAUCCACAAUGAGAACAAGGAGAAACAUGGUGGCAAGCACUCAGAUUGAUUACAAGAGCACUUUCCGAAAUUAUCUGUCAGAGAACUGGAUCGUUUCUCUCGGAUGUCUACAUACCAAGUCCUUUAUGGAUAAAAGAACUAGUUUUGUAGAAAGUGGUGUUUCUCCAGAUGUCAUUUAGAUUAGGUGGACUCAAUGUGUCCUUCCUCAAUAAAUUGAGUUUUGAG